AUGGCGGCGGCCGCGGGCCGCGCUCUGCUGCGGGCGGGCACCGAGCGGCUGCUGCGAGGAGGGCUCCCGGCGCUACUCCGGCCGCGACUUGAGGGGAGCACCCCCGGCCCGCAGCGCGACUUCAGCCUGUCUUGCAGUCGGGGCACGGUCAUCGUGGAGCGCUGGUGGAAGGUGCCCCUGGCCGGAGAGGGCCGGCAGCCGCGUCUGCACCGGCGACACCGCAUCUACAAGCUGGUGGAGGACACGAAGCAUCGACCUAAAGAGAAGCUGGAGCUCAUCCUCACGCAGUCAGUGGAGGGACUUGGAGUCCGGGGUGACCUCGUGGCAGUGAAGAAAUCAGUGGGCCGAAAUCGUCUACUUCCUCAAGGACUGGCUGUGUAUGCUUCCCCUGAAAACAAAAAGAUGUUUGAAGAGGAGAAAUUGCUGAGACAAGAAGGAAAAUUAGAGAAGAUCCAGACCAAGGCAGGUGAGGCGACAGUGAAAUUUCUGAGACAUUGUCACCUGGAGGUGGGAAUGAAGAACAAUGUCAAAUGGGAGCUAAACCCUGAGAUAGUUGCCCGCCACUUCCUCAAAAAUCUUGGUGUUGUGGUUGCCCCACAUGCCGUAAAGUUACCAGAAGAGCCCAUCACUCGGUGGGGCGAGUACUGGUGCGAGGUGACGGUAAAUGGGCUUGACACUGUGAAGGUACCUAUGUCUGUGGUGAACUUUGAGAGGCCCAAAACCAAAAGAUACAAGUACUGGUUAGCCCAGCAAACUGCCAAGGGAACAGCUCCCACCAACUCCCAGAGUAUCUGAGCCUGCUGUCCCUGAAAACUGCCAAGCAGAAUCAGAGGCGCAGGGGAGCAGAGGUGAAGCAGCAUCUUGAUCUCAGCCCAGCUCUGACCAAAUUCGGAAUUGUAGAGAGCACGUGGGGCAUCAGACUGAACUGCACUUGUUGGAUUCUCCAUGUUUGCCUUCUCCAUCCUCACUGUUCUCACAUGGACCUUGUUGGGACAGCAAGAGCACCAGGCUAUUGCUUGAUAAGCUGAAGAUUAAAAGACCAGAACAGUCUAGACUCUUAUUUGGCCUCUUCCUCCAUUGAAACUCAUUGGAACAAAUGGAAGAGCUAGCCAUGUUCUCCAGUAUUUGGUUUAUGCUCAUCAUCCAGACUGAACAUUUGUAUCUCAAAAAGAAAUAAAGAGCUUGUGUUCUUUUAUGGUGGUGUUAUUGGGCUUGAGGAGAUAGGGCACAGGACAUCCAAGUGGGGUGUCCUCUUGAGCCUUGCUGCUAAGAAGGAAGAAAAGAACACAUCUGCAGGCUACCCUACAGUUAACGAACAAACUACUCAAACUACUCAAAGCGGUAUCUUUGGGCUUAAAACUUAACCUCAUUAGGUAUGUUGAUAACAUCAUUGGUAUGAAUAAGCACAAUGGAUUCUGUUUCUCUGAGGAGAUCUGAAUAAAGACCUAAGGGUAAUUGGAGAAGAUGAAGCAGAGAUGCUUAAAAGAGGGAACUUCUAUUUUGUUUCUUAAAC